AUGCAUAUAUCUACAGUGAUCAACUUUCAAGUUUUCUUAUCUUACUUGAGCAAUGCUCCUCCUCGUGAAACGUAUCGACCGGUAAUCCUUUGGCAUGGCCUAGGAGACAACUAUAAUGCGUCUGGAAUCCAUGAAGUCAACGAGCUGAUUAGUGGGUUGUAUCCAGGAAUCUUCUUUCAUUCAAUAUACAUAGACGAAGAUCCUUCCACAGACCAGCAAAAGUCAUUAUUUGGAGAUGCAAAUAAACAGGUGGAUCAAGUAUGUGAUCAGUUAAGAGGUAUUAAAGAGUUGGCAACCGCUGAAGGUAUCGAUGCAAUUGGGUUUUCUCAAGGUGGGGUUUUAUUGAGAGGGUUAAUUGAGAGGUGUUCGCAUUUGUCGUUUCACAAUUUAAUAACUUUUGGAAGCCCGCAUAUGGGUGUAAUGGAAAUGCCUCUUUGCAAAGACCCAAGAGAUUGGAUUUGCAAAAGAAGGAACGAACUUUUAAAGAGGCAAGUGUGGAAUGACAAUGUGCAAAAAAGGGUCCUACCGGCCCAAUAUUUCCGGGACCCUUUCGAGUACGAAAAGUACUUGAAACAUUCACUCUACUUGGCAGAUGUCAACAAUGAACGGAAGGACAAAAAUGCGACAUACGUUGAGAAUUUAACUAAGCUUAACAAGUUGGUCUUGGUUACAUUCACGGAGGACACCACCGUUGUUCCAAAAGAGAGUGCAAUGUUUUGCGAUAUUGAUACAACCUGGAGGCAAACUAUACCAUUUGACAAAACUGAUUUAUACAUCCACGAUUAUAUUGGGAUCCGCUACCUACACGAAAUGGGAAGAAUUGAUUUUCGUGACAUAGAGGCUGAGCAUAUGUCAAUCAGCGAUGAGUUUAUAGAAGAAAUAGCAUUGAAUUACCUAGGUAACAAAUAG